CACACAGUCACACUCAUACGUAAUACAUUUAAGGAGAAAGGUCUCCACAGAUGAAGGCUGCCUCUUCAUAACACACGGGCCCCUGGCUUCCAUUGGAUUAACUAAGAGAGAGAAGUACUUGGGAGCAAUACAAUGGUCCAUUCUCAUUCUGUAUAAUCCUUGUAGGUAUUGCAAGCAGUUUCAUAUGACUCCACAGAGAAAAGGCUACAAGCACGUCUCUGAAGAAGUGUUUCGACUACGGAUUAAAAAAACACAAAUGUCAACUAUAAAUGUCCGAGUUACAACCAUGGAUGCUGAGCUGGAGUUUGCCAUCCUGCCCAGCACUACUGGCAAACAGCUUUUUGACCAGAUAGUGAAGACGAUCGGGCUGAGGGAAACCUGGUUCUUUGGCCUCCAGUAUCAGGACAGCAAAGGCUUCUCCACCUGGCUCAAGCUGAACAAGAGGGUGACAGCUCAAGAUGUGAAGAGGGACAACCCUUUGUUGAUUAAGUUCAGGGCCAAGUUUUACCCUGAGGAUGUCGCGGAGGAACUGAUCCAGGAGACAACCCAGCGCCUCUUCUUCCUACAGGUAAAAGAAUGCAUCCUAAAUGAUGACAUAUACUGUCCACCCGAGACUGCGGUGCUCUUGGCAUCGUAUGCCGUUCAGGUCAAACAAGGAGACUACAGGAAAGACUAUCACGUACCGGGGUACCUCACGAGAGAGAAGCUGCUGCCACAGAGGGUUUUGGAGCAGCACAAGCUGAAUAAGAAUCAGUGGGAGAAUAGAAUCCAGGUGUGGCAUCAAGAGCACAAGGGAUUGCUGAGGGAAGACGCCAUGGUGGAGUACCUCAAGAUAGCCCAGGAUCUGGAGAUGUACGGGGUCAACUACUUUAACAUCAAGAACAAGAAAGGAUCCGAGCUGUGGUUGGGAGUGGACGCGCUGGGGCUGAACAUCUACGACAAGAAGGACAAGAUGACCCCAAAGAUUGGCUUCCCCUGGAGUGAGAUCAGAAAUAUUUCCUUCAAUGACAAGAAGUUUGUCAUCAAACCAAUCGACAAGAAAGCUCCGGACUUUGUUUUCUACGUCCCUCGUCUUCGCAUUAACAAACGGAUCCUGGCAUUGUGUAUGGGGAAUCAUGACCUGUACAUGCGUAGACGUAAACCUGACACCAUUGAGGUGCAGCAGAUGAAGGCCCAGGCCAAGGAGGAGAAGAACAAGAGGCAGAUGGAGAGGGCUCUGCUCGAGAGUGAGAAAAAAAAGCGAGAAAAUGCCGAGAAGGAAACAGAGAAGAUUGCUCGUGAGACCAUGGAGCUGAUGGAGAGAUUGAGACAGAUUGAAGAGCAGACAAAGAGAGCUCAAGAUGAGCUGGAGGAGCAGACACAAAGAGCUCUUGAGUUAGAGAAGGAGAGGAUGAUUGCUCAGGAGGAGGCUGAGCGCCUGGACAAGGACCGCAGAGCUGCACUGGAAGCUAAAGCAGCCCUGCUGUACCAGUCUGAAACCCAGAGCAGGAGCCAAGAAAGCCUGGCCACUGAGCUGGCAGAGCUUACCUCUAAGAUCUCCCAGCUGGAAGAUGCCAAGAAGAAAAAGGACGAGGAGGCGAAUAGAUGGCAGAAAAGGGCGAUGGUGGUAGAAGCUGAUUUGAAGCAAACCAAAGAGGAGCUGAAGACUAAACUCAUGGGUGUCCACAUCCAGGAUUCUGUCCAACCCCCUAUGCAUGAGCACGAUGAGACGGAUGAGAGCAGUGACGAGGCGAGCGCUGAGCUGACUACUCCGGGCAUGGUCCGAGACCGCAGUGAGGAAGAAAGAGUAACAGAGGCCCAUAAGAACAAGAGGUUGCAGAAAAACCUCAAGUUCCUGAGCACGGAGCUGGCUGGAGCUGUAGACGAGAGCAAAAAGACCCCCAAUGACCUGAUCCACGCUGAGAACGUGAAGGCGGGCCGGGACAAAUACAAGACCCUACGGCAGAUCCGUCAGGGUAACACCAAACAACGCAUUGAUGAAUUUGAGUCCAUGUGAGAGCUAAGCAGAGAUGAUGAAACUGGAAACGUUGAGAAAUUUUAGAAGUGUAGGUGCAAAUCAUUAGAUCAUUAAAUUAUGACAGCAAAUUAUAUUGUUACCACCUUUAGUGUCCUUGAUCAGGAUGCCAUUCCAUCUGGAAACGAGUAAGAACCGACAUCUGUAGAUAAUAUAUUUUGAAUUUCAUAGGA